AUUCUGGCAACAUGAAGGAGAACUUGAAGGCGGCAUGCACUGACUUCGCGGGGCAGAUCUUUGAGCGAAACAAUGUGACCCAGGCGUUGGAGGAGCGUUUGGCUCUUGCCAUGUACAAGAUUGACGAGGCAUGUGCGUUCGUGGACGCGCAUGUCGACUUGGAAACGGACGAAGAAACCCGCGAGUCCAUCGCCCUGCUGCUCCAUCGAAGCGACCUCUUGCAGCGGCAAUUUCGCGCCAUUGAUCAUAUGGAGCGCAUAGUAGACGCGAUGGCUGCCUCCACGAAGCAGGUGCAGGACCGCAUGGAGGCUGUGCAGAAGCAUGCGGAACCCAUCUUGAACCCGACCCAGAUCUCCGCCAUGCUCAAGCGGACGUUGGCCCUCGGCCGCAAGAAAGCGAGCGGAGAUGUGUCCACCUCCACCACCGACACGAUCACGUGGGAACCCGUCACGUUGAUUCCAAACACCGCGACAUGCAUGAAGCGCCUCGAUGAGAUCAUGACCCACGACCCCGACCCCCUCGCCGCAACCUUCAUGACGCCUUCCAUCACAGCGGAAAACGAUAAAGAACUUGGCAAGUCGGCAUGAUGAUAGUGAUAGGUACAGUGAACGCAAAUGUGGCAACGUGCUUAUUGGCGUGGAUCAAGUGGCAAGUCACUUUACACCAUGGGCAAGCACAAUAACACAUUCAAAAAUGAUUACAAAAUGAACAAGGG